CUGGCGUCUGCCAGGCACCAUUGUCGACCGUCUUCCUCACCUCAUUGCUGAUAGGUCCGCUGCUCCCUGCUCUGCACUGGCCAGUGCUCGUUUCUAGCAGGCGCUCUCUCGAUCCUGUAAAAAUCCUUAACUCGCACGCUUAGACCACCAGCCCGUCGAUCAGCUCAUGAACUCUUCGGAGCUGAAUGAGACCGCUGUCCUGCGCUCAUCGCUCUCUUCUACAGCUUGUCGCUGUGCUGGAUUGGGCAAUCUCUCAUCUUUCUACAGGAUGGUUGUUGCCUAGUCAAGCUGAUAUUGUGCUGAAUUUGUCCGGAUUAUCGGCCACUUUCUGCAGCUGAAGCUCUCAACACUAUCUAUGCUCAUCAAGGGGCAUUGUGUCGGAAUUAUUAUCUGAGCGGUUUGCGACAUUUUUUCACGCAGUCACGCUAAGGAAUAACAACUUCUGAGAGAACAUGGCUACUCUAAUGGGCCGUUCAUGCCUUCUCAAUGUUGUCUUGUGGAUCACAUUACUCUUCGAUGCUGCUCACGCAAGAUGGCCUGGUCCACUUCCUGCUCCAGCAUAUGCACCGUCAUACAUGCCCCACUUUCCUCCAAUGUACGCCCCUCACUCUCCACCUAAUGAAAUCCCCCCCGCACAUGCUCCAUACACCCCACCAGCAGCGUCUUCUCCUUACAUUCCUGCAGCACCUACACCAGUGUUUGCACCUUACACAGCACCGUCUGGACCAUCUUCACCCCCAUACUACGCUCCUAGUCCUUGGACUUCCGGCCCCGUGCCGGAUAUUGGCUCGCCUUCCUACGAACCUACAACUGCCCCAGCUUAUUCCCCUCUCAUCGCUCCACUGGCCCCGGCAUAUUCUCCAUGGGUGGCUCCUUCCUAUACCCCUGCUCCUACUCCAGUCCCUAUUUACACGCCAUCUUGGGCUCCUUACGCUCCAUCCCUCACACCAGUGCCUUCUCCCUCAAUCUCUCCAGCGCCUUACGCACCCGAGCCUGCCCCUUAUGCACCAGGGCCUGCCCCUGUCUCUUAUGAGCCCAUCACUUCCCCACCAGCCCCGUUUGCGAUGUCACCUGGUGAUGACGUUCCGAUAUCCAGCGAACCUGUUGCAUCUCCUGCUGUAUCCGAGAACGCUGGGCCAAAACUUGCCUCAAAACCAUGGAAGCUGUCAGCAUUGACAUUGGCUAUUAGUGUGGUUGUUGCAUUCUCGUAAUGGAAAAGGCUUGAUUCGUUCACUUUGCCACUUGAAUAGCUUCACAUUUCCAUCUCAUUAGAAGUUCAAUCAAGAAGCGGGGAUUUGUAUUUAGCUAGAUUUCAACAUAUAAUUCUUGUAAAAGAUUUGCAACAUUCUCUUUGAAAGCGUACUCUUAUUUAACUUUUCAGUACAGGAAUUAUCUUGUGUCA